ACAACGUAAUUAAAACAAAGAGGUGUUAUGUGGCUCGUCACUACUUGUUACCGCUGAUUAAGGAUAAAUUCAGAUACCAAAUGAUUAUAAAAAUACUAACAUAAAAAAGUAGUAUACAUAUCUAUUCAUUAUUAAUUUUAUGUUCCUUCUAAAUUUUUACUAUCUAUGUCUAAUUUUCUUCAAUUAUUUCCACAGCUGCAAAUUCAAAACUUUUUCGAGAGUACAUUGGUGCAGAAUCAUCCUCUGUGAAGUUCACUGACGUACCAAUAAAUUCAAACGUCGAAUUCCAUUUCAUGUUAGCAUUUGCCAUCUAUUAUAAUUACCACAGCUCAAAUCCUUCACCAACAAAUGGAAAAUUUAACAUUUUUUGGGAAAAAAAUCAUCUUAACCCUACAGAAAUUGCCUCAAUAAAAUCUCGUUAAAAAUGUAAAAAUGGCGGUCAGCUUAGGAGGUGACACGGUAGGUGACAACAAGCACAUUUAUUUUAAACCUAAGUCGAUUAAUUCUUGGUUAGAUAAUGCAAUCUCUUCGUUGUCAUCUAUGCUCGAAGAGUACAACAUUGAUGGAAUUGACUUUGAUUAUGAACAUUUUUUGGGCGCGGACACUAAUUCAUUUGCAGAAUGUAUAGGACAGCUCAUCACGAAGCUUAAGAAAAGUGGGAAAAUACAAUUUUCUUCGAUUGCUCCGUAUGAAGGUAGUGCAGUACAAAGUCAUUAUAAGACUUUGUGGAAAAAAUAUGGGCAUGUGAUUGACUAUGUUAAUUUCCAAUUUUAUGCUUAUGAUAAAAUUGAUGUGCCACAAUAUGUGAAGUAUUUUAAUGAACAAAGUUCUAAUUAUGAAGGUGGUCAAAUUCUUGCUAGUUUUGUGAAUAGGGGUGGUGGUGGUUUGGGAUCUAAAGAUGGAUUUUUUGAAGCUUGUAAAUAA